AUGUUGGACGAGAAGAUGUCGAGCCCUCUGCCGUCGGAUUCGAAGUUUACUACGCUGCAUGCCAUUUUUUGCUUUUGGGGAUGUAGAUGUGAAAUGCAACCGAAAUAAUCUUGUAAUUGUUAGAUAUGAAAAGAUAUUGGAAGGAUAAUUGUGUGUUUUUCCGAUGAUUUGAUGGUACCUUCUAGCGACUAAUUCUCCCCUUUCUUUAGCCGUCGAGGCCUCUGCCGUCGGACUCGAAGUGUAUUACGCUGCAUGCCAUUUUUUGCUUUCGGAGCUGUAGAUGUUACAUGCAGCCUCAGUAAUCUUUGUAACUUUUGGAUGUAAAAGAGAUUGGAAGGAUCUCUUUUCGUUUUCCUAACGAACUGACACCUUCCAGCGAUUCACUGAUCCGUCUCGGUAAUCUCUACUUGGAUUGCAGCAUCUUUCUCAGAGUUCACGUUCCUGAAAUGUACGAGUGUUUUCGUAUUCUUCGUGUUCCUGAAUGUGGAACGCUUCUAAUCGGAUAUUUUACUAUCUGGAGUGCCUGCGGCGACUUUUUUUAGUUGACCAAUGACCCGUCAGCGAUUCGGCCGCGACUUAGCACCCGUUACUGCAGAGGGAAUUCCGAUUUUCGAGUUCCUUUAAGUGUUUGAAUGCCGUGCAAGAUUGAGAAGGAUCUAAUACUUCUAGGCUCACGAAUCACCCUAAGCAUUUGAAUGACUCAAUCUUCAACUUUCUAGCUGCAUCAGUUCCAUAAAUAUAGGACAUCAUGUGGAGACGAACGAAUUACAGAGAGGACUUGCUUCCAAAGCUCCCUGUAGCAUACUCAGGAGAGGACUGCUAGCAAAGUCAGUGAUUCUGGGCACAACUGCUUCAUGCAUCCUUCCUGUCCUUUCGGCACCAAUGAAAGAUCCAAACCCUGCAAAUAUACGGUAACUACACAUAAGUAAGAUGUCCUUUUCCUACCUUUGGGAUUUAUUUUUUCUCAUGCCAUUGAUGAUAAUGACACCCUUCAAACUGGUUCCAUCCAUUGCUCCAUUUCUGUACACUGGCACCAUCCCCUGCUAAAUUAUUUUCUCACCUUGGGGUAAAAAGGAGCAUGCCACAUGUGUACUCUGGUUUCUUUUCCUUCUUAACCUUUACCCUUUUUCCAAUUUUGAAGCACUCAGAUUCGAAAGCUGAACAGUGGAGUGAAAAUUCAAGGUAAUAUAUACUAACCAUUACCCAUUUUAUGGCUGCGGAUGAAGUAGCAUCGAAUGAAGAAUGGGUGUUUUUCUUCUUUUGAAGAGAUUGUUGAAGGAGAAGGAGCAGAGGCACAGGAGGGCGAUGUGGUUGAGUUCAACUAUGUUUGCCGGCGUUCAAAUGGGUAUUUUGUUCAUAGGUAGUUUCAAACAAUAACCCUCUUACGCGUUGGCCCUUUCAUCAUCAUCGAUUCCUCCAUGAGUGACCACAUGACAUUUUGGCAUGAUAUCCAUUUAUUAUUCUUUGCAGUCUCCCCAUUUUGAUGAUUUUGGCUGGCAUCAAACAAGUGUUGGCUUGUAAGCUGUGCCAGCAGUUCUCCUCACCCUCAGUCUGGUUUUUUUAAUGCAGCACAGUGGAUCAGUUUAGUGGUGAAAGCCAGCCUGUGAUACUUCAUUUAGAUGACAAAGAGGUUAUCUUCAUCUUUUAAUUUUUUCUUUUCUUAUCAGCUUUAUGUCUUUACAUCGUCCAAACUUCGUGGACUCUAUACGAUUAUCUGGUUUCCGAUGAAGAGCAGAUAAACAGUUGGUAGAUUUUACCGUGAUGAACUUGUCUUGAGUAGCAUAUUUCAACAGCGAUCAUCUCACCUUGAUACCCUACGCAGAUCAUACAAGGUCUAAAGGAGGUCUUGGUCGGCAUGAAGAUUGGAGGUGAAGGCUAUUUUAUUUCCUCUUUUAUUUACGUAUGAAUAUCUUUUUUUAAUUUUUAGGGUCUCAGAAUUGAGUUGAAUUGCCAUAACAAGACGAUAUUAUUUUAUUUUUUUAAAACUAUAUUGAGACAACGAUGAUGAUCAUGAUCAUGAUGAUUAACUUGCCUGAGAAACACAUCUGUACUAGAUUUUUUAUUUUAUUUUAUUUUUCUGAUAUCAGCAUAUUACUCUGAAUUAUUUUUCAGUAUGGAGACAUGAAUAAUCAAUUCAACCCAUAAAAUGCAUGUAAAUGAUGGAAAAAUAUCUCAGUUUAUCCGCAAAUCUUCUGUUUCAGGGAAGCGGAGGGCACUGAUACCUCCCUCAGCUGGGUACGUCAAUGAGAGCCUGAAACCCAUACCUGAAGAGGUAUAAUCCAUCAAAAUUUAUCUCGUAAUUCUUCUCAUCAUAUGAUUUUGUCUUGUUCACGAGGAUCUUUUAUUAUUUUCAGUUUGGGCCUCGGCGGAGCCUUCUCUCUCAUGCAAAUGAGUCUCUAGUCUUCGAGGUUCAGCUCCUGAAGCUGCUGUGA